AUGUCCAGCUAUGAAGGACCGGCGACGGCAGAAGCCGGACGUUCGGUUGUGUUGCAUGGCACAGACGGGAGGAGCUCGCAUGCGAUUGACAUCGACUUGGAGGCGGAGCAGGCGAGGGAGCGGGAGAGGGCAAGCAAGAGUGGCUCACGCAAGCGAAGUGCCAGCAUUGUCUUUCUCAGUGUUGGUAUUGGCGCGCUGUUUAUGGCGAGUGGCGGUGGUGGCGUCCUGUCACGUUCCACCUCGCUUUCGACUGGCGACCCAACGCCUCUUCGGGGAGAGGUGUUGACGUGGGCUGCGGAUGUCGAAGAGGCUCCCCGAAUACCGUCACUUGAUCAGCCGGUAUUCUAUUCGUUUCAAGGUGACUCUGAAGAGGAUGAGCAGAGAAAGGGACGACCUCGUCGAGAGCAGCCACCGCUUACCCGUGAGCAAAAGCGACGGAUUAUUGGACGGAUUAGCGCCUGGGCUUGCACGACGCUCUAUCUCACCAGUCGCUUGCCGCAGAUUUGGAAGAAUUAUACGCGCAAGUCUGUCCAAGGACUCUCGUUGGCGCUCUUUGUCUUUGCUUUUCUUGGAAACAGCUUCUACGUCGCCAGCAUUCUCAGCAAUCCAAUCUUAUGGGAAUACGCCCCCGGUGGAGAACCCAUCGAGGCGGGCGUUGCCUCUUUUCUAGGACACCUAUUCGGCCACGUCGAUCCACCGUAUCGCUCACCGCGCGCAACUGCGUUUAUCCGCGAGUCGCUACCUUAUCUCUUGGGGAGUGGUGGGACGCUGUGUUUUGAUGUGAUUAUCGUUACGCAAGGUAUCAUUUACGGACGACGAGAGCAAUUGGAGGACGAAGAAGACGAAGAGGAUGAAGAGGAAGGACUGGAGGAGGAGAUUGAAGAGGUUGAGCAGGAUGGGUUGCGUGGACUCGCUUUGCGAAAGGAAGCUCAUCCUUCUGAUCAGUCACCGGACAAGCUUUUGCAGAGUGUGCAUCCAAUAGAUGCCCAUGGGUGA